CAAGACAUUCAAAGCACCAAGUCAUCUUUAUUUUCUUUGAGUAGGUUCCAACACUUAUUCCUUAUUCUGUGUAUUAUCUUCUGAAGUCUCUUCAUACAAACAACCACCCCACCAUGGAACAACCUCCUAGAUGCCAAUUCACAGUGAUUUUCUUCAUCAUCAUUUCCCUCUCCCUUGGCUUAAUUUCCUUUAUCUUGUGUGUAGCCGCUGAGAUGAAGAGGAAUAAGGAGGAGGACAUAAGAUGGAAUGGGAAACUAUGUUAUUUGCCAUCAAGCAAGGCAUUUGGAUUGGGUAUUGCAGCUUUGGUUAGUUUUUUUCUUGCCCAGAUCAUUGGGAAUUUUAUAUUGUUAAAAUAUUCUUGCUCGAGAGGAAAGAGUAAAUCCCAGUAUAAGAUGCCUCCUAUUGCAAAGGUUCUGCUUUUGAUAUCUUGGGUUAGCUUUGGAAUUGCGACCAUUUUAUUGGUUGUAGCGACAAGCAUGAACAGAAGGCAGGCAUAUAGGGUAGGAUGGUUGAAUGGGGAGUGCUACAUAGUCAAAGGAGGAACUUACGCUGGCUCAGCCAUUUUGGUACUCGUUGCAGUGGGUUCUGGAAAUGGUUCAGCUUUCUCUACAAUAAAAUCCACCCAACCAAAUAAGGAUAAGAAAAUACACAAACAAAUCGGGGUGAUAUUAUAG